UACGAACAACAGUUAUCUCCCGUUAUAUAUACCAGUUAUGACAUGUGACACUUAGAGAAUCAACUCAACUUUGUUCAAGUUGAAAGAAGCUUGAAUGGGAUUAUAGAUCUAUUAAUGAAUGGGACAAUUGUUUUAACGAGAAAUUAAAAGAUGUCUUAUAUACCAACACUGUUUGUGCUGUUUUCUGUACUACUCAGUAUAUAUUUCUAUUAUCCCCCUCCAACACUUUCAUCUGAUUUAAAAGAGUGGCUCAACAAAGGAGAUUUUAUAAACUUUCAAGACAACAAGAUUUUCUAUAUAGAUUCUAAGGGUAAUGGUCAAGCCAGUACACUCAUCUGUCUUCAUGGUUUUCCUUCUUCAAGUUAUGAUUGGAAAAAAGUUAUGGAUGGACUGGAACAGAAAUUCAGUCGUGUUAUAGUUUUAGAUUUCUUAGGAUUUGGGUUCAGUGAAAAACCGAUAACUCAUAAAUACAAGAUAGCAGAGCAAGCAGACAUAACAUUAUCUCUUUUGUCAUAUCUACAAGUUACAGAAGUUCAUAUUUUAUCCCAUGACUAUGGUGAUACUGUUGCUCUCGAAUUAUUAGCAAGAUAUAACAAAGAUGGCAGAGUUGGAGAAAAUAUUCAGUUAAAAUCUCUCAGUAUGUUAAAUGGAGCUAUAUUUUUAGAAACACAUCAUCCCAGAAUUUUACAAAAGAUAUUACAGUAUCCAGUAAUAGGACCAAUAGGAGCUAGUGUUAUAUUUUAUCAACUAUUUAAUAAAGGGUUUGGUGAAAUAUUUGGAAGUAAUCAACCAAAUGCCGAAGAAAUGUGGGACUUUUGGACUGUUUUACGAUAUGAUAAUGGUAAUGCAGCUCUUUCAAGUAUAAUAGAGUUUUUACCAGAGAGGAAAGAAUAUAAUGAGAGAUGGGUAGGAGCUUUGAAAAAUACACAAUUACCAGUUCAAAUGAUAUAUGGUCCAGCAGAUCCUGUUAAUCCACCUAAAUUUAUACAACAUUACAGAGAAACUGUACCACAACAUGAAAUAGUAGAAUUAGAAAAGCAUAUUGGUCAUUACCCACAUUGGGAAGAUCCUGUUAAUGUUCUCAAGACAUUUUACCUUUUUAUAGACAAAUUAGAAAAAUAGAUAAUCUAUUUUUAAAUUAUUAAUUUAACCUGGUUGUGUUCAAAAAUUGAUUAAAUUAUAUACAGUUACAUUUUAUGUUUCAAUAGAUUGUCAUCAAUCCUGUCUGUUUACAAUUCUCUACAGGUCAGUUAUAACAUUUGACAUAUCGGUUAUAAGGAGUGGAACAGUAUCUUACUUCAGUCAUGCAUUGACUUAUACUCCUGUCACCAAAACUCUGCACACAUUCCAAAUCUCAAGUUUCAGGUAAAUUUAUUGCUCACAUGUGGUUCUUGCUGCCUUCCUUCUGAAAGAUGCUGGUGGGUUUAAGCCUGACAACUAGUGACAACGCUAUGUUAAUUUAUGCAAUUUAAUAUAUGUUUCCUUCAAAUGAAAAUAAUUUUAUAGAUGUUUUUUACUUUGUUCUGAUUAAAUUUAAUACCCUGUUA